AUGUCUCAAUUGGCACUUGUCGCCUCAGCAUUGUCUUCCUUUACUUCCAUAAAAACUUAUGAUGAAUGUGUAGCUAAUAAAAUUCCGAUAGCACCCACACAAAUUUUAGAUGCAAAUACCAAUCAUGUCUUAAUAUUGUCCAGAUACGUUGAAACCGAGAAGAAUGCCUCAAAAUCCGCUUUUAAUGCCCCUAGUAAGGGAUUAAUUCAAAUCUUUGUUAUAACCCUUUCUGGAGAAAGUCGAGCAAUGCUAGUAUUUCCGCAAAGUACAGUCCUUGAAUUAAAACAUGUCAUUCAAGAAAAGCUUGGAUAUAUAAUCACGCAGAUUCGUCUUGAAUUGGCUUGUAAACCAUUGGAAGAUGAUAAAUCUCUAGCAUCCUAUGAUAUCAAGCAAGGUGAUAAUGUAAAUAUUUUAUUUCGAUUAUUGGGAGGUUAUGGUUUCUAUGUUAUCAAGGAAGAUUUAUUAGAUCGUAAAUAUGAUCGUGACUACACGAAUAGAAAAAAUGAAGGUAAAACUUACUUUCGUGGGAAACUAUUGUAUCACAAACCUUAUGGAUGGAAAAGAAUAGCGCUUAAUGUUUCAGGAAAGUAUGGUUCUAAUAACAAAUGGUUAGGUAGCGUUGGUGAUAGUUCAGAUGAAUGGCCGGUUUCUUAUCAUGGUACUAAAAAGGAUUGUGCUGAUUCUAUUGCGAAUCAAGGUUACCUGCUUAGUAAGGGAGUAAGAUUUGCAAAAGGGAAAGGAAUUUAUUCAUCACCUAAAAUUGAGGUGGCUGAACAAUUUGCGAUUCAAUUUGUUCAUGCUGGUUAUAAUUAUAAAGUGGUUUUUCAGAAUAGAGUUAACCCUGUGGGAUUAGUCAAGUAUGAUGAUAUUCAUUAUUGGGUUACACCAGAUGAAAAGAAUAUUCGACCAUAUGGAUUAUGCGUGAAAAAGGUUUAA